GCGAGAGAGGGGGUAGCGAGAGAGGAGGACAUGGGGGGCCCCGUGGCGGACGAGGAGCGGCCACGAUGGGACAACAAGGUGCAGUACAUCCUCACCUGCGUGGGGUUCGCCGUCGGACUCGGCAACGUGUGGCGCUUCCCGUACCUAUGCCAGACGUACGGCGGAGGGUAUGUGAGUGAGUGCGCCGACAGCUCCCCCGUGGACUACUUCUGGUACCGCGAGACACUGAACAUCAGCCCCAGCGUGGAGGAGAGCGGCGUGCCCCAGUGGUGGGUGCUGCUGUGCCACGUGGCCGCCUGGUCCAUCGUCUACGUAUGCACCAUCCGGGGCAUCGAGACCUCGGGCAAGGCCGUCUACGUCACCGCUACCUUCCCCUACCUCGUCAUCUUCAUCUUUCUGGUGCGUGGACUCACGCUUGAGGGGGCAACCGACGGACUUGUCUACCUCUUCACUCCUGACCUCGAGGUUCUCAAGAACCCCAAGGUGUGGCUGGAUGCCUCCACCCAGAUCUUCUACUCGCUGUCGCUGGCGUUCGGCGGUCUCAUCGCCUUCUCCAGCUACAAUCCGAUCCGGAACGACUGCGAGGUGGACGCGGUGACCAUCGCUUGCAUCAACAGCGGGACCUCGCUCUUCGCCUCCAUCCCCAUCUUCAGCAUCCUGGGCUUCAAGGCCACCAUGGCCUUUAACGGCUGCCUCGACGGGAACAUCCUGUCCCUGGUGAACGAGUUCGACCUGCCCGAGGGAAACAUCACGCGGGCCUCCUACGAAGCCGACCUCGCCGCACUUAAUUCCACGUGGCCGGGCCGCGUGGAUGCACUCGACCUGCGCUACUGCGACCUCCAGGACUUCCUCAACCAGGCUGCAUCUGGGACUGGCCUGGCCUUCAUCAUCUUCACAGAAGCCAUCGUUAACAUGCCCGGCUCCCAGGUGUGGUCGGUGCUCUUCUUCAUCAUGCUCUUCAUGCUGGGCCUCUCCACCAUGUUCGGCAACAUUGAGGGGAUUAUCAACCCGCUCACGGACCUCGGAGUCAUCCCCAAGUCCAUGCCCAAGGAGGCCGUCACAGGUUUGCUGUGCCUGGCGUGCAUGCUGCUUGGCCUGGUGUUCACGCUGAGCUCAGGGAACUACUGGCUCACCGUCUUCGACAACUAUGCCGGCUCAGUGCCGCUGCUCAUCAUCGCCUUUUUCGAGGUCAUCGGCGUCGUCUACCUCUAUGGCUACGACAGGUUCAGCAGCGACCUCAAGUUCAUGACGGGGAGGAAACCCAACUACUACUGGAUGGUGACGUGGCGCUUCAUCAGCCCCCUGCUCCUCGUCGUCGUCUUCGUCGCCUACAUCGUCGUGCAGGCCCAGACUCCGCUCACCUACGAGUCCUGGAACCCCAAGUUUUCUGACUUCCCGCAGAAGGAGCAGCUCCCCUACCCGGCCUGGAUGAUCUUCAUCAUCAUCCUGCUCAUCGCCCUGCCCUGCCUCUUCAUCCCGGGAGUCGCCAUCUACCGCCUCAUCCGGUGUCGCUGGCACCGCAGCGACAUCCCAGACAUCACCACCCUGGCCAGGGCGAAGGGCGACGAUGACGCUGGAAGCGACAACCUGGCCUACAUGGGUGAUAAUGAUGAUGAGCACUCAGAAGAGGGGGGAAAUAAGAUACCGGACAAGGGAGUGAAAGUGUAGGGGUGGGCGGUUCAUAAUGGCCGGUCACCAUAAACCAUCAUAGAGGCUUACAUAGACAUCCAUAGAUAUACAGAGACCAAUAGACUCACAUAGAGAUCCAUAGACUCACAUAAACAUCCAUAGACAUACAGACACCAAUAGACUCACAUAGAGAUCCAUGGACUCACAUAGACAUCCAUAGACAUGCAGAGACCAAUGGAUUCACAUAGAUAUCCAUAGACUCACAUAGACAUCCAUAGACAUACAGAGACCAAUGGAUUCACAUAUAGACCCACAUAGAGACCAAUAGACUCACAUAGACACCCAUAGACUCACACUGAGACC